AAAAAUAAAGAAAAAACUGGCGAUUUGAUCAUUAUUGUCCUGUUAAAAUUCAGCAUUUGUGUUUAUUAUAACUCUUAAGAUGCAAGGGAAUCACACUUAUUUAACAUUUAUUCAGAAGCAAUUAUAUUUCAGGGUAAAAAAGUGUUAACUUCGGGCUGCUAAUGUGAAUUGUGGUCUACGGAUAUGUGGAGAAAACAAAUUGCACAGCAAUGAAUAUUCUUACCAGGAUCUUAUGAAAUUUUUCUUCAGUGUUGUCAUAGACUCUUCUGGAGAAAAGAAUCUGUGAAAUUAUGUGAAAAGAGACCAUUUUUCAAAACAAUGGGGGAAGAAGCAAGAAGUCCAGGUACUGAUCAAGAAAGAACGGCAGGCAAACACCAUUAUUCUUACUAUUCUUCUGAUUUUGGAACUACACCACAGUCCUCUGGCCAGUCAUCACUGGUUGAUUCUUCUCCCCCUACAAGUAUUAGGGGAAAAAAUCCUAAAAGACAGACUUCAGAUAGCCAAGUGUAUCACCAAGCCCCUAGGAAACCAAGCCCUAAGGGUCUACCAAACAGAAAGGGAGUCAGAGUGGGAUUUCGCUCCCAGAGCCUCAACAGAGAGCCACUUCGGAAAGAUACUGAUUUUGUUACAAAACGGGUUCUUUCUGCAAGACUGCUAAAAAUCAAUGAAUUGCAGAAUGAAGUAUCUGAACUCCAGGUCAAGUUAGCUGAGCUGCUAAAAGAAAAUAAAUCUUUGAAAAGGCUUCAGUACAGACAGGAGAAAGCCCUGAAUAAGUAUGAAGAUGCAGAAAAUGAAAUCUCACAACUUAUAGUUCGCCAUAACAAUGAGAUUACAGCACUCAAAGAACGCUUAAGAAAAUCUCAAGAGAAAGAACGGGCAACUGAGAAAAGGGUGAAAGAUACAGAAAGUGAACUAUUUAGGACAAAAUUUUCCUUACAGAAACUGAAAAAGAUCUCUGAAGCCAGACAUCUACCUGAACGAGAUGAUUUGGCAAAGAAACUAGUUUCAGCAGAGUUAAAGUUAGAUGACACUGAGAGGAGAAUUAAGGAACUAUCAAAAAACCUUGAGCUGAGUACUAACAGUUUCCAACGACAGUUGCUUGCUGAAAGGAAAAGGGCAUAUGAGGCUCAUGAUGAAAAUAAAGUUCUUCAAAAGGAGCUACAACAACUGUAUCACAAAUUAAAAGAAAAGGAGAGAGAACUGGAUAUAAAAAACAUAUAUUCUAAUCGUCUACCAAAGUGUUCUCCAAAGAAGGAAAAAGAACUUAUAUCAAGAAAAAAUGCUGCAUGCCAGAGUGAUUUUACAGACCUGUGUACAAAAGGAGUACAAACCAUUGAAGACUUAGAAGUGGAAGGAUUUCCUAUAGCACCACAAACAAUUAUGUAUUAUGAAAACAAGUGGGAAGAACCAGAACGUCUUACUUUGGACCUGGAACCCCAAGAGCAAGAUAACCAUGGAGAAGCAGGGAUGCUAAAUCCAAUUGUGGAAAGAGAAGAAAAAUCCAUUAAAGAUCAAGGACUCCAUAUUGUAAAACAGGAGAUUGAGAAGCUGGAGGAUGAAUGGGAAAGAGAAGAACUUGAUAAAAAGCAAAAAGAAAAGACAUCUUUACUGGAGAGAGAAGAAAAUCCAGAGUUGGAAACUGGAAGGUAUCAAAUGGAAAUGUAUCAAAUUCAAAAUAUUGAUGAUAAAUUGCAAGAAGAGGAAGAAGAAAGACUGAAGAGGGAAAUGCUACUUGCUAAACUAAAUGAAAUCAGCAGAGAAGUCCAAGAUUCUCAGAGUCUAAAAUGUCCUUCUUUGCCAUUGCUACCUCAUUUGGAAUCAAAAUUGCAUUCCCCAGAGAAAAGCCCCAAAACAUACAUGUUCUCUGAGUCUUCUGAAAGAUUAUUUAAUGGGUAUCAUUUGCAAGAUACUCGUUUUUUAACUCCAAAAGGAGAGGGUCAGCAUCCAGGAAAUAUUAGAAGUCCAACUUCUCCAAAUGAGUUUGUAUUUGGUAGCUAUGUGCCUUCAUUUGCAAAAACAUCAGAAAAGUCAACUCUAUUCAGCCAUAAAAGUGGUGAUUUGGAUUUCCAAAAAAACAAUACAGAAAAACUUAGUAAAGACAGUGUAGAUUUAUUUACAAGAAAAGAGAAAAAAGCUAAUCUGAUGGAACAGCUAUUUGGUGCCAGUGGCAGCAGCACCAUUUCUUCCAAAAGCAGUGACCCAAAUUCUCUGGCUGCCAGCAAAGGAGACUUUGACCCUCUAAAUUUUCUCCCUGGGGAUAAAAGCAGCAGGGAUAGAGACCAUGAUGAAGAUGAAGACUUUUUCCUCAGUGAAGGAAGAAGUUUUAAUUCAAAUAGACACCGAUUAAAACAUGCAAAUAAUAAACCAGCAGUAAAAGCAGUUGAUUCUGUAGAAGAUGAAAUUGAAGAAGUAGCACUGAGAUGACUUACUAGAAAAAUUGACAUCCCCAAUUGUAAAUAUUAAGAUAUUUUAAUAUAGUAUUUAUUAUAAACAUUGACUUUUUAAUGUUAAAAAAGUCCUUGUUAAGGAAUGAUUUUUAAUAGCUAAAUACAAUGUAAUCAAAAAGAAGUAGAUCACAUACACACCACAUAGCUAGUUUGCCAAGAAUGAAGGAGACUUUUUUUGAAUGAAAUCAAAAAUAGAGAUUUAUCUUACUUUCUUUUGGCUUUUUACUUACAAAUAGCUUUUACCUCUUCAACUGGCUCUAUGGGAAGUUUUACUUCAUUGGAGGUUGUAUUCAUUUCCUACUUUUCUCUCUAUUUAUGUAUUUAUUUUUGAUCAUACUUUCACUGAGCUAAAUACAGCCUUCCCACUGAUUGCCAAAUGGAAAUUCAAGGUGAUAGGCUCUGUGUUGAGCAGUGCAGCUCCCAGGUGGUGGAGAACCACUGCUACUCAGGAGCCCUGCCUUUUAGGGGUAGGGGCAAGGCUGAGCUACUCUUGAGUGGUAGUAGUCACAACAUUGGGAUUUCCUAUUCCUCCGGAAGUCCCCACAGUUAAACACGACUCAUUUUCUAAUUACAAGUUUCCUGAAAUCACUUACCUACAACUCUGUGAGAAUAUUAGAUUGAAUUCAGAAAACAUUUCUCUGUUUACAUGGACAGUUCCUCUGUGGGUCCUUCUGUGAGUGGUGCCUCACAGAGGCUUGGGUACAAUGUAAUUUCUCUCCUUGUUCUCCUGUACUCUUUGUGUCUCAGUGACUCGGUGUAAGAUUUCAUACCAAAUAUAAGGAAUAGAAGAAACCUUAUCCCAAUAUAGAAAGAUUUUCAACUCAAUUAUGUUUCUAGAGUAAUGUAAUAUGGAAAUUAUAAUAUGUACUUCUAAGAUUUGAACUUGCCUUGAAACAAAGGAGACAGCAAUAAUGUAAUACUAUUGGACUUAUAGGAUUAGUUUUAAAGUAACUUUGGAUAAAAGUUUUUUAGGGAUGGGGCUUCUGCCUUGUUGAAUAGAGUGGACAGUUUUCUGUUGAAAUGCGUUGGUCUCCUUUUGGCUAUUUGUAGUUCACCUCAACUGCAGAGAAGUUGAUGACCUUGGAUUAUGCAGGGUAUGAUUGGUCUUUAAGAAGCAGUAACACAUCACCAACCAAGGCAAAACACUAUUAAAAUGUAGAGACGCAGAAACUGUGUUGGGAAGAAUAAAAAAUUUAGGUUGGCACUUAUUCUAAAGUGAACUGUUUUUUUUUUUCAAGAAUUUACUGUGUAUUUGCUCGUAGUAUGAUUUCUGAUGCCAAGCAUACAUACUGAUGAGGGGGCAGAGUUACUGUCUUACCCUGAGUUCUUAUAAAUUCUUAUACUUAGAAAAUACGUAGUAGAAACAAGACCUGCAGGGUUAAUUUUUAUUUCAUUAUUCACCUUUUUUUUAUCUUCCAGUAUUUUUAGUUGAAGUAGAUGAAUUUCAUGACUGUCAGACAAGACUGACUUACUUGGUUAGGUCUCUAAUUAAAAGAUGUACCACUUACCAUCUUCAUCUUCUGUAUUGUGUCCUUGUCAUUUACUGGGAACAGAAUCUCCCACAAGUACUAAACUAUAUUAAAAAGUUUUCUUAAUAAAAAGAUUUUUAUGCUUGAUAUAAGCAAGCAUUUACUAUGUUGUAAAUCAUUCUAAUAUAUGUAAAACACAAUAGUUAUAAUGCAUUUUUUGAUGAAAUAUUAUGUUAAUUUUGUUCAUAACUGCUAAUUUUUCUGCCAAAAGUAUUCUAAUUUUUAGAUUGUUUUAAAGUCUUUUUAAAAGUAAGUUUUUGGUAAGGUUUUUGAUUCAGGUCAUUUUAAUUAGUCUCUUGCUUUUUUCCUGUCUGAUGGUCUCUUCAGCCAGAUGCAACAAGACAGAAUUAUUAAAAUUAAACCUAAAAUUAAGUUAUAGACUUAAAAGCAUUAUGGUGUUAAGCAUUAAAAUUGGAGGUUAAAAUGUACAAAACAGGUUUUUCCUUAGGAACAAACCUUAGAGAGUGAAUCUUUUUUUUCCUAAAUGUCGAGUUAAAUUUAUUUGUAUUCAGAACUCUUAUUAAUAAAAAUUAAAAA